AUGGCACAGAAAGGAAAGAACACAGCCAAAGGGGUCUACUCCUGGCUCAAGUCCUGGAUGAAAGAGCUCUUCAGGGUGACGAUCGAUGCUCAACUUGUCCUCGCCUUCUCCUAUGCCCUCAACUUUGGUCUGGAGUCCAAAUGCACCCUUUCAGCCUACCACUACAACUUCGCCGUCGAUACACUCAUCUUGUCACUGUCUUGCGUCACACUUUCAGUCUAUGUACUUGACGACUUUUGGAGGUCCAAAUGGAUCGGAUGCCUGCGAACGGCCGCCUCCAUCAUCAUAUAUGCAUUUCUUUGUCGGUACCUGUACUACCAAAUGGAAAGGAACACGUCCCCCGAACUGAUGUUCAUCCCAACCCCGGGCCGUUCCGACAGCUCGCUUCUCCUUCCCAUGGCAUGUUUUCUCGAUCCUGACCUGGACCCGUUUAUCAGCCUGGCCCCUGAGCAGAGAGACGCGAUUGGCGGGCCCGGGCCUAAGGUCAACCCAGCCUUUGUCUUUUGCUAUAUGCUAGCAGUGGGAUACGUUGGUGCCCAUCUGGAGAAGUUCUUGACGAGAAAUAGGCCGAAUUAUCACCAGAAUGUCUUCAUGACAACAGCGUUUGUUGUGUUGUGCAGCAUCCCGUGCUUCCUGUCAUAUGCCCACCUCACAAUUCUGCGGGACUGGGUUGACAUGUCAGGCUGGAUGGAGGUUGCCAAUGGUGGUGGCAGCCCUGAGCAGGAAAUCCGGAGUAUUGGACAAAUUAUGCCCCUCGCGACCAUCUUCUGGAUUCUUGCUAUCUCUUUUGAUACUGGGAAGUUGGCCCGCAUGGGGGUGGCAAAUCAACAGGCACAUUGA